AUGUCACCAACAUUCGCCCAAAAAAUCGAUAUCCACCACCAUUUUGUUCCUCCCCUCUAUGCAAAUGCUCUAGAAGCUGCUGGUGGCGACCCGUCUGGCUUCCCUACUCCAAAAUGGUCUAUCGAGGCGACCUUUGAGCAGAUGGAAAAAACAGCCUCGGGUACGGCUAUCUUGUCUUUGACAGCUCCUGGGGUACAUAUCGUACCACUCGAGGAACAAGCAAAGCUUGCACGAUCAGUAAAUGAGACUGCUGCAAAGCUUCGAGACGAAAACCCCAGAGUGGGUUUCUUCGCUGCGGUUCCUUCACUACAUGAGACGACGGCUGCUAUUGAAGAAAUAGCUUACGCGUUGGAUGUGCUCAAGGCUGAUGGUAUCACGCUGUUUACCCGGUAUGGAAAUGGCAAUUAUUAUCUCGGUCACAAGCUCUUCCGUCCUAUUUGGGAGGAGCUAAACCGCCGCAAAGCUGUCGUGUUCGUCCAUCCAACCCACUCGCUCAAUACUGACAUAUGGAAUCCUAUUCUUCCACAACCCGUUAUUGAUUAUCCACACGAGACGGCUCGUACCGCGUUUGACAUGAUCAGCACCAACACGAAGCGUGACUUUCCAGACUGUAAGGUCAUUCUUUCGCAUGCUGGAGGAACGCUUCCAAUCCUCUUGCUCCGUGCAUCCAGUGUCAUAGGUAUGACAAGUCGAGGAAGCAAAUCAGCCGAAUCGGUCAUGGAGGACGCCGAAAGCUUUUACUAUGACCUUGCACUUAGCAGUUCUAGCCACGUUCUCGAUACCCUCCUUAAUCACAUUCCUCACGAUCAUAUCCUGUAUGGGUGUGAUUUUCCGUACGCACCUGCGGUCGUGGGAGAGAUGUUUACAAAACAGCUGGACGAGUACAAGCUCAGCGACGAGACGAGGGAAUUGAUCUAUUACAAAAACGCGCACAAGCUAUUCCCUAGACUCGCAGGUAUAGCGCAAUUAAAAACAGGAUAA